AAAUCAAGCCAUUCGAUUUUGCAACCGCAUUCUCCUCCAUUUUUGUGCAGAGGAAGAAGAAGCUCAUCAGAAAACACUAUACAAUGAGAGAGCAAUUAGUAAUAAUCGUAGGGGCUGGCCCCUCCGGCUUGGCCACCGCAGCCUGCCUUACCCAGCUUUCAAUACCCUACGUAAUUCUUGAAAGAGAAGAUUGUUAUGCUUCUCUUUGGAAGAAAUAUGCCUAUGAUCGUCUUCAUCUUCAUUUGGCUCAACAAUUCUGUCAACUUCCUCACUUUUCAUUCCCCUCUUCUUAUCCAACUUUCAUACACAAAGACCUAUUCCUACGAUACUUGGAUGCCUAUGUUUCUCAUUUCAAUAUCAGUCCUUUGUAUCAAAGAUCCGUUGACUUUGCAAACUACGAUCAGGUAAGCCAGAAAUGGGUUGUGAAAGCUAGAAAUACAGCGUCUGGGGAGAUCGAGGAGUAUUCUGGGAGGUUUUUGGUGGUGGCAACUGGAGAAACAACUAACCCUUUUACACCAAAUAUUAAAGGAAUGGAUUCUUUCACUGGGGAAGUUAUUCACUCAACUGGCUAUAAAAACGGCAAGGCAUAUGGUGAUAAGAAUGUUUUGGUUGUUGGGUUUGGUAAUUCUGGCAUGGAAAUUGCACUUGACCUCACUAACCAUGGUGCCAAAACUUCCACAGUUAUUCGUAGUCCGGUUCACAUAUUGAAUAGAGAGAUGGUAUACAUGGGUUUAGUUAUGUUGAAGUAUCUGCCUUAUGGCGUGGUGGACUCCAUCAUGGUGUUGCUUAGCAAGCUUGUUUAUGGAGACAUGAGCAAGUAUGGCAUAAACAGGCCUAAGGAGGGUCCAUUUUUCAUGAAAGUUGCUUACGGAAAGUAUCCAGUUUUCGAUAUCGGAACCUGUAAGAAGAUCAAAUCUGGAGAGAUCCAAGUCUUGCCAGCAAUAGAAAGCAUUAGGGCCAAUGAGGUGAUAUUUGAGAAUGGCAAGUCACAUCCCUUUGACACAAUUGUAUUUUGUACCGGCUUCAAGAGAUCAACAUAUAAAUGGCUUAAGGGGGAUGACUACUUAUUGAACGAGGAUGGACUUCCAAAGCCCAAUUACCCAAACCACUGGAAAGGAAAGAAUGGUUUAUUCUGUGCUGGAUUGUCAAGGAGAGGGCUGUAUGGCGCUGCCGCGGAUGCCCAAAACAUAGCUAAUGAAAUCAAGUCGCUUCUCUGAAUGAAGUCAAACUCUCUCAACUUAUUCAGCAUUGUAAACAUCUCAUUUCUUUUAAAAUAUUUUUUGUUGAAAUAAAAAUCAGACGUUUGAGCUACUAUAAUAAUGCCUUUUACAACAAUGGUUGAGCUUUGACAGUA